AUGCCGAAUACAAAUAUUAACUUGGGACGUAAUUCUGAGGGACGGACUGAAUCAUCAAUAUUCAAAAACCCUUUGGCACUCACCGUGGACGUCGUGUCGUUUUUUAUAGUUUUCAUCGUUAGUCUGUUGUUAGUAUCUAACACUAUUUGCAUGAAACCGUUUGAGAGAGGAUUUUUCUGUGAUGACCAAAGCCUUAAAUAUCCGUACAAGGACGACACCAUCAGUAGUUCACUGGCGGCAGUCAUUGCUAUUGUUAUAUUUCCGUUUGUGACUUUCUUUGUUGAACCACUCUACGCCUUUACACGCAUGCGUUAUGGAAAUAUCUCUUGUAAAGAUGUGAUGAAAGUUGCACUGAAAUCUCUUUACUCUUUGAUUCUACUAUAUAUGUUGGGUAUUGCUUUAACACAAUCUGUUGUUUCCGUAAUGAAACUCUGGGCUGGACGACUAAGGCCAAAUUUCUUUGCUUGGUGUAUCCCGGAAUACAAUGCGACCGAAUGUGACGUCGGAGGAGGUUACAUCACAGACUUCGUUUGUCUAAAUAACGACACCAAAGAGGUGGAUGACGUCAAACAAUCAUUUCCAUCAGGACAUUCAUCAAGUGCUGUAUAUGCAUUCACGUUCGUAGCGAUUUACUUGGAUAUCCGUUUCCGACAACAAUUGCAAUGGCGACUGUACAUGCGGAUAAUAGGACCAUCCGUUCAGACCUUUCUAGUAGGUGCUGGAAUCUACAUAUGUUUGACCCGUGUUCAGGACAACAAACAUCAUCCUACAGACGUCAUAGGUGGCGCUGUUAUCGGUCUAGCCAUUUGCCUAAUAAUGAUCUUUGGUUGGUCGAGGGAUGUUUUCCUUGAUAUGGGUGUCAGGACAUCAGAAGAACAACCACUGCCAAUGCAGUCCUAUAGUUUACAACAAGGCAACAAUAACGGAUUGCAGAACCCUAUUAUGCAAUCUAAUUUUUCAGUCCACAAUGCUGGGCAUGACAAUGAAGUCUUCAGUGUUCCAAUGCCCACUGUAUAA